AUGGUUUGAACGAUGCAAAAUCAAACAAACUGAUUUAUUUUUCCUGUUCAUUUCUCAUCUACCUGUUUACAAUUUUUGUGAAUUUGACUCUGCUUGUGUCUGUCAUGCUGGACAGAGUUCUGCAUGAGCCCAUGUACAUCUUCCUGUGUAAUCUGUGUGUCAAUGGGAUUUAUGGUGCUACAAGUUUCUACCCCAAGAUUCUGCUGGACCUCCUAUCAGAUUCACAUAUCAUUUCAUACAAUGCAUGUGUGACUCAAAUUUUUGUGGUCUAUUCUUAUAUUCUAUGUGAGCAGGCCAAUCUGACAGUGAUGGCUUAUGACAGGACAUGCGCACGAUCAAAAGCAGAACAGAACAAGUUCAUGGAGACCUGCCUGCCCCAUCUGAUCACUCUGGCCAAUUUCUCAUUGUCUGCUGCAUUUGAUGCAGUUGCUGCAUGGUUUUUUUCCUAUGAAAGCCUACAAGCUCUCCGUAACGUGCUCUCUAUAGAGUACCUCGUGACUCCUCCCCUGCUGAACCCCCUCAUUUACGGCCUCAAGCUGAAGCAGAUUCGUCUGAGUGUCUGGAGGCUGCUCAGCAGGAAAGUCAGUGCACUGACAUAGACCCCAGAGUUGUCGUCCUCUCAAUAAACAAUAUGCUGACAGGCUGUAAAAAACUCUUUGAUUGACCCCUUAUGAGUAACUGCAACAAUUACAUAUAUAUAUUUAUAAAUAAGGCAGAUGUUUAUCGAUUAUGAGGCUCAGAUGCUGAUGUCAACCUCAAAUACGUUUGGCAUAAAUUCAGUUUCUGUGGCGUUGCUGCUGAUCACACCUCAGAUUUUGAAGGUGAACGUCCUCGCCCUUGUGCUCCUUACAGGGACAGCACACACUGCAGACUGCAGCGAUGAAAUCGCUAAUCAACACUGGCCUACUGCUUCCUGAGGGGGUUGUCUCUACUUAGAGACACAUCAUUGGUCAGCAUCAUAGUCACAUGGUCAGAGUCAUUACCUCCUGGGACGUGGAGCUUUAUCGGUCCACCCCAAUGUGACCCAUGACUUUAUGUGUGUGUCAUGCUGUCAUGUGCACCACCACUGGGACAUGAAUGGUACUAUUUUUAGUCAUCACUAGUUCACAGAAAGCCUAAUACUUUUUGAGGCGGAACACACUGUAAGGAGUUUAAGAAGCACUGCUCUAGGGCAGUGUGGGAGCCUGCAGCUCCAGUAACAUUGGUAUUGUAAGCAUAACAAUGUCCGCCCUGGUCCUGUAACACAGAGCCCCUGCUUCUUACUCAGAACAGUGUAAUUGUUAUGCUAAUCGUCUUUUCUGUCUUGCUGUUUUUCUGGAUAACUCCUCUUUGCAGAGUCAUGAAGAUGUCUGUAUUCAACUGUGGAAUUGUGGUCUGCAGUAAACACUAAACAAACAGAAACAAUAGUAUGAGAUACUAUGUUUCCUUCACCUUAGACUUGGAGGGGGGGCAGAAUGUUUUGUACUGGGGAGCUAAUGUAUUUGGGCGGGGUGCUUUUCAGUCAGUAGCAGUAAUUGUACUAUCACAUAAAUGUACUAUUGCAUAAAUGCCACCUUUAAAGGUAGCCUAAUCAAUCAUUUCACUUGCGUUAAAAUGCUUAAGGAGCUCAAUCUGCCCGUUGCUGUGGUUGACUGUCUAUUCUUGAGUCUAUUAUUCGACUUACCUCAGGAUUACUUGUUUGCCUGGAGUUUAAGGAAAUGAGUGUCAGGUUGCUUUUGUUGUUGUUCCCAUGUAAUUCUUAAGGCACCAUUAAACAUUGCA